AUGCAACACCAAGCUGCCUCCAUGAAGAGAAACCUCUUCCAUCAGGACUAUAUAGAUGAACAAUUUAAUGAGCUCGAAGAACUGCAAGAUGAUGAUAACCCUAACUUCGUGGAGGAAGUUGUUAACCUUUUCUUCACGGAUUCAGUUAGAUUGAUUCGUAAUGUUGAUCUUGCUCUGGCAAAUGAACCUUGCGAUUUUGGUAGGCUGGAUGAUUUGAUGCACCAAUUCAAGGGCAGCAGCUCAAGCAUUGGUGCCAAAAGAGUGAAAAGAGAGUGCUCUCAGUUCCAGGAAUAUUGCAAUGAGAGAAAUAUCGAUGGGUGCAAGAGGGCAUUCCAAGGGGUGAAACAAGAAUAUGCUACUCUAAAAACUAAGCUUGAUGCUUAUUUUCAGGUAGCAAGAGAAGCCUCUUGA